CAGCACAACUCAGAGGAACAGACUAGAAUUGAGACAAUGGUAUGCUAAAAUAAUAGAUACUCAAACCGAUCAAAUUAACUUCUCAUCAUAUUUUUGUUGUUGUUGUUAUAAUUCCCCUGGUUGACUCUCAGUAAGUUUGCAGAUGACACCAAGCUGGCUGGAAGUGUCGAUCUGCCUGGGGGUAGCGAGGCCCUACAGAGGGAUCUGGACAGGCUGGAUAGCUGGGCUGAAGCCAAUGGGAUGGGAUUCAACAAGACCAAAUGCCGGGUCCUGCACUUUGGCCACAGCAAUCCCAGGCAACGCUACAGGCUUGGGGCACAGUGGAUGGAAGAAUGUGUAGAGGAAAUGGACCUGGGGGUAUUGAUUAGUGCUCGACUGAACAUGAGCCAGCAGUGUGCGCAGGUGGCCAAGAGGGCCAACGGUAUCCUGGAUUGUACCAGAAAUAGUGUGGCCAGCAGGAACAGGGAAGUAAUUGUCCCCCUGCACUCAGCACUGGUGAGGCUGCACUUUGAGUACUGUGUCCAGUUUUGGGCCCCUCGCUGUAAGAAAGACAUUGAGGCCCUGGAGCGUGUCCAGAGAAGGGAAACAAAACUGGUGAGGGGUCUGGAGCACAGGCCUUUUGAGGAGCGGCUGAAGGAGCUGGGAUUGUUCAGUGUAGAGAAGAGGAGGCUCAGGGGAGACCUUAUUGCUCUCUAUAACUACCUGAAGGGAGGUUGUACUGAGCUGGGGGUCAGCCUCUUCUCUUAUGUGACUAGUGAUAGGACUAGAGGGAAUGGCUUCAAGCUGCACCAGGGGAGGUUCAGGCUGGACGUUAGGAAAUACUACUUCUCUGAAAGGGUGGUCAGGCACUGGAAUGGGCUGCCCAGAGAGGUGGUGGAGUCACCAACCCUAGAGGCGUUCAAGGAACGUUUGGACAUUGUGUUGAGGGACAUGGUUUAGUGAGAACUGUUGGUGAUGGGUGGAUGGUUGGACAGAUCCUGUGGGACUUUUUCAACCUUGGUGAUUCUAUGAUUCUAUGAUUUUACACUUUGCAGCUACUGUCCAUGUAAGAUAUAUGCAGUAUGUUAUGAAAGUACUGUAGCACCAUAAGUAAGUACUAUGGCUCCCGUUAGUUGAAAGACAGCCUACAUGUGCCAAAGGCUUCCCUGCAAAAAUAAAGUUAAAAAGAUAAAUAAGUAUAGAAACAGCAAUACCAAAGAAUAAAUAUCUUGAAUACAGUGAAGAAAUACUCAUAAGGGUAUAUUUAAAAGUUGCUCAAAUCUUUGAAGAGGAGACUCUGUGGUGCUGUUGAUGGUUGCUCAUGGGCAUGGCGCCUUACUGUCUUUCAGGACAAAAUUGUAGCCCUGAAUGAAAAGAUGCUGCUGGUGGAAUGUCUUGUUGAAAAAAAAAGACUAUUCAAAAAUGCAAACCAAGGAAGUUUCUUAAAGCCAAAUCAAAGGCAAAGGAGGUAAUUUCCAAAAUUACUUGGAGAGUUAAAAAAAAAAAAAAGAACAUUCUGUAUA